GCACGUGCGACCCACACAUGAGGAAAAUAUUAUUGUAAAGACAAAAAAAUGAAGAAAAUAAAAAAACUGCGCCUGUUUAGGAGGAGAAAGGGAGAGGGAGAAAAUGGGUGAAGUAGCGGAGACAAUGAUGAAGAAGAAGAAGAAAGGAAGGCCAUCUCUAUUGGACCUUCAGAAGCGAGCUCUGAAGCAACAGCAAUUGCAGCAGCAGCAACAGGGGAAGCGAGAUGAAUCACAAGAGGAGGACAGAUCCGGUAUCAGAAACCCUAAUUCGGGCCGCCGAUCCAGUCGACGGAGCUCCAAUCUCAACGGCGUAUCCCCCGGUUCAGCAUGGAUCGAUGACGGUGACGACAAAGUGGACGUCGAAGACGACGAGCGUAGGGAGAAAAAGCACAUGCUCUUGCACGGCUUGAACUCCCAUGUUCAUAGGCAUUCUCCUAAUUCCCAGUCAGCCGGUUCCGAUCUGAACCACGACGAUCCCAGCGAGAAUCCCGAGGCGUCCGUCAAGCGGCGGAAGAUCGGCGGCGGCUUUCACGGAUCUGAUGAUACGGGAGAAAAGGGUUCGAUAGCGACAGGCAUUCCUCAAGAUUCACCCAUGGAGUCUGAACCCACUACUCCUUUGCCAGACAAAAAGUUGUUGGUGUUCAUCCUCGAUAGACUUCAAAAGAAGGACACUUAUGGGGUGUUCUCAGAUCCAGUUGAUCCGAAGGAGCUUCCUGAUUAUCAUGAGAUUAUAGCAAAUCCAAUGGAUUUCAGCACAGUUCGGAAGAAGUUAGAUUCUUUAGCAUAUGCUAACUUAGAGCAAUUUGAGAGAGACGUGUUUUUAAUAUGUACAAAUGCGAUGGAAUACAAUUCACCAGACACCAUAUACUUUCGACAGGCCCGAGCUAUGCAUGAGAUCGCGAAGAAGGAUUUUGAGAAUUUGAGACGAGAUAGUGAUGAUGAAGAACCGCAGCCACAGCAUAAAGUGGCUAAAAGAGGCCGUCCUCCGGGCAAGAGCCUGAAGAAACAGCCUGAACCAUCUUCCAUUGAUCCCACUACAUCUGAAAUUUCAGCUGAAGCUUUGAUCACUGCCAUGGGAGAUAGCUCUAAGCUAUCUGGUGCUUACAAUCUAAGAAAAGCACCUAAUUCGCAUAGGUUUCGUCCUGCAGAAACAUCCAUUAGAUUGGGUCAUCAUAGUGGCGAGACUCAGAGUGGCUGGUCGAUUGAUUGGGAGAACGAGUUUCCGUCUUCGGUUGUGAAGGCUGUCAACAAGUACGGGAUGAAACAUGUCGAUGAGAACAGACGUGAUACGUAUAACCAGCUCUCGGCCUCCAUGCAGGAGCCUUCCGUCUUAACAACAAUUGAAGACGAAUCGAAACAAUUAAUUCCAGUCGGAUUGAACACUGAAUAUGGGUAUGCUCGGAGCCUGGCACGGUAUGCUGCAAAUCUAGGCCCGGUUGCCUGGAAAAUCGCUUUGAGGAGAGUAAAAACCGUUUUGCCUCCUGGCAUCGGAUUUGGUCCCGGGUGGAUCGGAGAGAACCCGGCUCCCGAGGAUCCUCAAGAGCAGAUAAUAAUGUCAGGAAACCCGAGAUGCUCAAACGACAUGGUGUCUGAUGAUCAUGUAAGCAGAAUCCUUUCUCCAACUCCCUCUUCUGUCUCGCAUGCCUUCAUAGGAAACAGGCAUUCUUUGCAAGAAGGUGAAGAAAGUCUACCUGCUCGAAUGCUGAAUCCCGAAACCAAGUUUUCUGCAGGCAAUAGCAUGAACCACAUGACCCCGUCUUCAUCUUCCUCGUCCCCGCAGAUUCAGCAAUCGAGGCAAAUGAUCGACUCCGAGGGCAAUGGCUUAAUCCGUGGUUUCAGUGGCUUAAACCACAAUCGGAACCAGAUGUUGGGAACUGCAUUGUCUCGACAAGGUUCAUUGCCGUUCAACAAGCAAGAAUUCCAUCAGUUUCCACCCGACCUAAACGCUAGGCUCGUCUCCCCGAGCUCACCGACGGGCCAGACGGGUUCAUCACAGAACCCGGAUUUAGCAUUACAGCUCUAAAGAUGGAUCGGUAACAUACAUAUAUAGAUGUUUACACAUCUUUCUUUGUAGCUGUCUCAGCCAAAUCAUGGUCUCUGGGUAUCAUGAGAUGAACUCGUGUGGAAAGUUAGCUUUAUUUGUGUAGGAUAAAAAUAUGGGGGAGGCUUUUAUGUACAGAUUGUUGGAGCGUCCGGAAUCUGGAUUCCAGAUUUUAUUUUUUGGGUAAGAACCCAAAAAGAAGAUGAAACCACCCCCCCCCCAGAAUUCCGUAGAUUAGAGUAUAUGAUUUUGUAUUUAUUUUUGUUAGCAUUUUGAAUGUGUAACAAAAUAGCAGAAUGAAUGAGGAAACAAUGCGUUAGAUUUGUGUUA